CAUGUACAGUUACAGUAAAUAUGACAAGACUUUCAAUGCAGGUUUAGUAUACAGGUGUGUUGAUAAAUAAAAGAUCCUCAAAUCAUGACAUAAUGUCAGAACAAUAGAUAAGAACUCUGACCUUUAUCUAUACUGGUACACAAUGGUGGACUGUUCCUACACUUUGACAACGUUUGGUUGUUUAGUAUUAGCCAGUAUCCUAGGUCAACAUUAUGUAAGAGCAGGUAUAUUAUGCUAUCAAUGUGAUUUACUUCCACAUCAAAGAGACUGCGAUAGAAUUGUAGAAUGUGGAUCGAACGAGGAAUGUUAUGGAUCAAGAUUAAUAUCAGACGAUGGUUUAACUAAAUAUACUUCAGGCUGCAGAGAUAAAUCGGUCUGUAAUGUAAGAGCUCCGAUUUUAGGUAAACGAGCUGAAUUGAUUCCUUGUUCUCAGUGUUGCAAUACUUCGUACUGUAAUCUUGAAACCUGUGAUAAUCAUAUAACUAGUAACAGAAAGAGAUGUUUAUCCUGCAAGUAUGCGCUUACUCCCGAAGACUGUAACCUGUCUAUACAGUGUAAUACUGAUGAGGUCUGUUACACACAAGCUAUAAUCCACAAUCAAGAAAAAAGAUACAGACUUGGAUGUGCGCAUAAAAAUCAAUGCGGCGCUAGAUUUGACCCUGUGUCAAGUGGUGUGGGGCGGAGGGCAGCGGAUGAUUACUGUGGACAGUGUUGUGUUGGUAGUAACUGUAACAGAGAGCUGUGUUCAGGGAAAAAUAUACCACAUUCGAAACUAACAAUGCCACCACCUUUAUCAUUCUGUCGUGAUAACUCAACUUCCUCAUGCGCAUUACACGUGAAUGAAUGUUCACAAGACUACUAUAAAUAUUACCAAUGCCCAUACACUUGUAAACAAUGUGGAGCAGGGCCGAUCAUCACAAAUGCCCCUGUAGCAACAAUGACUACUGCAACAACAGUUGGUCCUAGUACACCGACUAUUGAUCCGGAUAUAUGCAUUGACUUUCCUGGCAUCAAUUGCGCACCAAUUACUUGUACUGUACCAUCAAUAGCCAAGUUGUGUAAGAAAACAUGUGGGAUAUGUUUAGCCUCAAGUACAGCAGCCACCACUACACUAGCCGCCACAACACCAGGCUGUACUGAUCAAGAUCCGAUACCAGAUUGUCAGUGUGAAUAUUUAGAUCGAGAAGCUAAUUUAUGCGCAGAAUCAGAGAGGGUUGAAGAUUUGAAAAGAUUUUGUUGUUACUAUUGCAACAAAAAGAAGAAUAUCUUUACUUGUCCUAAUGUCGCAUGUCUUCGUCUAGAAAAACCUGAACAGGCAGAGGUGGACAAAAUGCCAAAACCGAUUGACUGUAUUUCCAAUUAACUAGAUGUUUGCAGUACAGAAAUUGUGUUGAAACAUUUUAGAAAUAAAUCGGGUUUUUUUGUAGUUAUUAACAACCGUGUCCUAGCUGAUAUUAAAAAGGCCUAUUUCAAGAAAAAAAAAUGAAACUGAAAUUAUGCUUGAUUAGAAGCAGACAUUUUGCCUUGCAACAGACAACUCAGUGACUCAAAGAGUUGUUGCAGGUUUUUGUCAAUGUGCAGAGAGCGUUACACAAUUUCAAUGCGAGGUAUCAGAUUUUAACUUCCAAAUUUCGAACGGGCAAGUUGUGUAGCCAACUGGGCGCAGCAUUUAAGCAAUUCGAACGGACUAGUUGUGCAUCCAACUGGGCUCAACAUUUUAGCAAGGUUUUUAACUGCUGGAACGGGGCAAAUCCAUGGGAUUACAUAUUUCUAUUUCACAGUCAACAUUUCAAACAAGGUUUCUUCUUGAGAGAUACAUAAUCAUCGAUUAUGACUCAUCAACGUAUUCUAAUAGGAGUAACAUGAUGUAUGUCACUUAGGGACGGAACUGCGUU